UUCUUGACAGAUCCGACUUCAGAUUGAGAGAAUUCAAGAUGGCUGCUACAGGUUCUAAGUAAAGAGCUAACGCCUCUGGACCCCACUGUGCAUGAAGCAGUCCUGAGGUUGCAGUGUUGCAGUGCAAAAACUACAUCCCCCAUCUCCUCUUGCCUCUCAUCAUGUCCUCCGCCUCUUCCUCCUACUCCUCCUCGGGGGAGACUAGUCCAGAGGAUGUACCCCGAGGUGGGGGCACCAUCCGAGUCUACCUCCCCAACAAACAGAGGACAGUGGUGAAUGUUCGCCAAGGACAGACUGUGCACGAGAGUCUGGACAAAGCGCUCAAAGUGAGAGGCCUAACCCAAGAGUGCUGUGCUGUAUUCCGCCUUCUAGAAGGUCGUAAGAGACUGACAGAGUGGGACACAGACAUCACUCCUCUGGUUGGAGAAGAACUUUUAGUCGAGGUCCUGGAUGAUAUUCCCCUCACCAUGCACAACUUUGUACGGAAAACCUUCUUCAAGCUAGCUUACUGUGAUUUUUGCCACAAGUUUCUUUUCAAUGGCUUUAGAUGUCAGACAUGUGGCUACAAAUUUCACCAGCACUGUAGCAGCAAGGUCCCUACUGUGUGUGUGGACAUGGAUACCGUGACCAAACGGAUUGAGCAUAAUCCUUGCACAGAUGAGUACCCACAGAUACUAUUGCCAGACAGUUCCCCAUCAAAGAGCAACCUAGCCAUAACCCCAGAUCCUGCUAGUAUGGACCUCUUGUCCCCAACCUCGGCCUUUAACUUCCCCAUGCCUGGUGGAGACGGCCAGUCUCUACAGAGGCAUCGCUCCACCUCCACUCCCAAUGUUCAUAUGGUCAGCACAGUGGGCCCUGUUGAUGCCAGCGCCAUAGAGGACGCGCUAAAAUUCAACAACACAAUGGUAGGUCCUGAGCCCUCACCGAAGCUCUCCACCAGCCCACCCUCAUCUCUUGGCUCUCCAGGUAGGAGACCACCAAAGUCCCCUUCAGAGCACAAGGAGCGCAAGUCCUCCUCAUCUGACGACAAAAAGAAAGUGCACCGAGGGGGCUGCAGGGACUCAAGUUACUACUGGGAGGUCCACUCUCGAGAAGUCACCAUUCAGAAGAGAAUAGGUGCUGGCUCCUUUGGAACGGUGUUUAAGGGCAAGUGGCACGGAGACGUGGCAAUCAAGAUCCUUAAAGUCACCGAGCCAACACCUGAGCAGUUACAGGCCUUCAAAAAUGAAAUGCAGGUCUUACGGAAGACCCGCCACGUCAACAUCCUGCUGUUCAUGGGCUAUAUGACUAAGCCCAACUUUGCCAUCAUCACACAGUGGUGUGAAGGCAGCAGCCUGUACCGCCAUCUGCAUGUCACAGAAACCAAGUUUGACACUAUGCGGCGCAUUGAUGUGGCCAGACAGACAGCACAGGGCAUGGAUUAUCUUCAUGCGAAGAACAUAAUUCAUCGAGAUCUGAAGUCAAACAAUAUUUUUCUCCAUGAGGGCUGGACUGUUAAGAUUGGUGACUUUGGCUUGGCCACAGUGAAGUCUCGCUGGAGCGGCUCUCAACAGGUGGAGCAGCCCAGUGGAUCCAUUCUCUGGAUGGCUCCUGAAGUAAUCAGAAUGCAGGACAGCAACCCAUAUACGUUCCAGUCUGAUGUGUACGGCUAUGGAGUAGUGCUGUUUGAGUUGAUGUCAGGGACCUUGCCUUACUCCAAUAUCAACAACAGAGACCAGAUAAUCUUUAUGGUUGGACGUGGUUACUUGUCUCCAGACCUCACUAAGCUGUAUAGUACCUCACCCAAGUCAAUGAAAAGGCUAAUCAUUGACUGCCUGAAGUUCAAACGUGAUGAGAGGCCCCUGUUUCCACAGAUCCUGGUGGCCAUUGAGCAAGUGCAAGACCUGCUUCCAAAAAUCGAGCGGAGUCGUUCAGAGCCAUCACUCCAUCGGGCCGUCCACGCUGAGGACCUGAAUCCCCUUCUGUUCCACACCACCAGGCUGAUGCCCCUCUAGGCUCCAUGCAGCACUGGGCAGAGAGGCUGCCACCCUGCCCCAAAACCAUAGCAUUCCUAUGCCUCAAGAGAGGCCACAGCUGGCUGUCCUGACAGACCACGACCCCCAACUCACUAUCUGCCCCUGCAGAGCCCUGGAGCUGCACCACUCAACGCAAAACUCAGUAACAAACUGCAGAAAUAACCUUAACACGUUGCUUAGUGGAAUAGUGAAUGUUCUUUUCCUUUAUACAAGUGACAGAGAUCUGCUCAUCAAGAGAAAGAAUGGUGGUCUGCUUUAUCCAGAAGUAUGUUAAAAUGCCUCUGAUCAAUUCGUCAAACAGGUUGACUUCCAUUAGAUACUCUGACCUACUGAGAGGUAUGUUGAGUUCUUUUGACAUAAAUGUAAGAACAUCAUGUUUUACACGUGCACUGCAAAACUGCGCUGCCCAUUUUCAGUAGAAAAAUAGUCUUACUCAGAUCUUUGAGGAGCACUGUGAUCAUAAUCAAACAUUUUAAUCCAUUCAACUCAGCCAUGAUGCUGGGGCUGUUGGUUCAGGUCACCUGAUUAGCUUACAUACUUCUAAUACUCCGUCAUCAUGCGCCCCUUUGAGUGUAAUGCAAUGCAAAUGAGGCUGGAGAUCUGAGAUGUGAAUCUAGUGGUUUGAAAGAAGACCGAGUGCCUGUUUGAGAGUGUUUUUUUUUUUAUAAAGGACAGGACAUUUUGUCUCAUUGGGAACCUCCACUGUUAACUGCUUUUGUAGAUAUUUCACUGUUAAAAUACAUUAGUGCACACGCAGUAUAUUUAACACCAGCCAGAGGAGGCAAAGGAAGAUAACUCAGACCUUUAGAAGCUGUUAGAAGAUUGGCAAAACGUCAUAGACUGAGCUAUGCAGUAAAAAAUGCCUUAGUGUCUCUCUCUGUAUAUACAAGUGUAGCAGUGAAAGGCCUGAGAGGAGUGGUGGAUCUUUACAAGUCAAAAUGACCUUGUCUUUCAACACUGAAGAAUAUCUUAUAUAGAUGGAUGUCCUCAAGCAGGCACUCCAUUGUCUUGCAAAUCACCAAGCUCGUUUGAGUUUCCAUUAAUGGACUAAUAAAAAGUCAAUCUCCAAAAGUGCAUUCGACCUGUGGUAGCUGAACAGGUCGUGGCACCUGUCAGUGCGUUCAGAGUUCUGAGCCAUGAGUACUCAGAACUCUGAACAGGAUUUGAACCAGUUGUUAGGACCAGUAUUCUUGCAGUGUAUACAGAAGGAUCCUUCUGAUAUUCCACAAUUCCAAGUCAAAAUAUUGCAAGUUUUCAAAGUGUCCCCACACAUUUAAUUUCAUUUUAUUUAAAGAUUUCAGAACAUCAGUAGGGUAUUAAAGCGUUGAUAGGAUUAUUAAGAAAGUUCAGAUUAGGGCAUCUCAGUAAACCACGACCUUGGUGUUGAUUGAUUCUCUAACUGCAAACCCCAACAUUUCAGACAUGGCUGACCCUGACAGUUGUUAUGCGAUCGUGUAUAAAAUCCGUUCUGAUUGCUGGUCUACCACCAACGCAAUGAUGGACACACAUUCACAGCUCUCAUUAGAGAACCGUGUUAAAUGAAAGAAACUCUCAAGGAACAUGGAACCCUAAAGGUUUUUUAUCCCACAGGCUCCUUUUCAUGAGUUUAAAAUCAGAAUGUCAUGAAUGACUUGGGUUGUUUCCUAAAUGAUUGUCAUUUUUAGCCUAAAGCGGAAUUGACAGAUGUUUCUAAGAAGCAGUCUUAAUGUAAAUUAGUUGUAUUGCUGCUACAUUUAGCAAGUUUGCAAGUUUUCAGUUCAGUUUUUUUUUUUUUUUUUUUGCUGCACCUAGAAGACGAGACACACGUGGACUGGAGUCCACUGCCAUAGCACACAGCUUCAACAAGUCUUUUGCAGUCCUGUUCUCCCAUACGUUGCACCAUGUAUUAGCUACUAUAUUUCACGCAUAUGUGCCCCCCUCACAUACGCUUAGUACUGUGGUUGUUGGGGAUGCAUUAACACUGUGACUAACAUGAUAAUUGGUUGCUUUGGUUUGGAUGUGAGAAGUGUAAAUAUCGAUUUGCAGACACUAAAGGGCUCGGUAAGCUUCAGAUGAACUAUAGAUGUGUUUUUACCUCUUUCAAAUGGCCACACUCAGAGGCAGAGUGAAAAACCUGCCCUCACAGUGUUCUCUCAGCAGCAUCCCACUGCCUCCCUAAGCUCUCUCGUCGUCCUGAUAGUCUCAACAGUUUUUUUUUUACACACUAUAGAGAAUUGGGCAAGCACUCUGGUCACAGAAUAAUGAGGCCUUCCAAUUUCAACAAGCAAUCCUGCUGUUCACGUUCACUCGAGUCGUAGUACCUGGCUCUUGUAGUGAUGAGCCUUAACUCCAAAGACUCAGUGGUCAGUGGCUGGUCGUCAUCUUUCAGACAACAAUUUUAGAUGACUAGGAAACUUGAGGUGGCUGUCACUGUCAUUGUCAGAAUCUUUUUUUUUUUUUUUUUUUUUUUUUUUUUUUUUUUUUUUUGGUGUUCCAGGAAGAGCUGUUGCUGUGAAAUUAGAUUUGUAGAGAAACUAGGAAGCAUGGAAAUCUGUUAAUAGCCAGGAUGGCACAGUGAUUCAGUGUGGCUUUUGGAAGAUUCAUAAAAACAUGAGGAUCUUGCAUAUUUUUUUGUUUGUUUGUUUUUUUAAUGCUUGUAUACUUAGAGUAAUGAAUGUGUAGAGGCAGUGCUCGUGGACCUGUUGUGUCACAGUGAUGGAGUGGCAGUCUAGAGGAUUUCCCUGCCUUCUGUGAGUGUUUCACGGCCAAGCGUGUCCAUCCAUGCCCUGUACACCUUCUCCUGCUCUCACGUCUGGAAAACAGUGACUUGUUUUUCAUGUUGCUCACAGUGUUAUCUCUGGGUUAGGCCUGUAACGAGUUGCCCUUGUCUUUUGACCUACACGAUUCCAUUUGACCGCUUAGACAAUGCUCAGGUGUGUAGCUGCUUCGUGAUGCAAUAACUUUCCAAUAAGUGUGGGUGUAUAAUAACAUUAGCUGACAUAACUGAUACAAGCUGCCUUACAUAACUAUGAGACGAGGACAAAAUUAGGCCUACAGCUACAUAAAGACCUUCCAUGACGGGGGAACUGUAAUGGUGUGUGGGGCCUUGUGGUGCAGUUGUAUUUUAGAGGUCAGUGUCUCUGCUGCAUUGUGAGCGUGGGUUGACAAUGAGAGGGUGUCAGGAUUCAGCUAACAUCACUGUGCUCCUCCAGUUGUUGGAUGCGACUACCUGUGCCUUGUUGAUGGGGGGGGGGGGCGGGUGUAGACUUUUGUGAAACACUGCUCCCAUUAAGAGCAAAAUGCAUCAUGGGAUUUAUGUUAUCACAGGGGAUAAUUAGUAGUGUGGGACUGUCGGAUCCCUCUCAUGGCUUUAUGAUGCUAAUCCCAUGCAAAAAGCACUUUACAGCGAUGUGGAACCAUCAGAAGUGUCAACGUAGGCGAGACUUUGUGCUGGACCAUGUCUGGAGCUGCUUCUUCUCUCUGUUUCUUUGGUCUGUUACACGAGAGGGGAGCACUGUAUUUCUGGAAGGCUUUUUGCUUGUUAGCGCCUGUACUACCACUGUUAAGGAUUCCAGCUGGGUUUCAACAGAUUAUCACCUGGCAUCUGCUUUAUGUUCUCAGAUAUGCUUUCAGUAGAAACAAAUAUAAGCCAUUACUGUUCAGUUAUGUGAUUUUUGCAAAAUGAGACACAGAACCUUUAGCCUCUCCUUCAGCAGUCAGUUGACAGUGUGCUGUCAGUACUCGAGGCUGAGUAGGGCCUCGAGGCUGAGUAAAGGGUCUUGUCUCCAGAUUCAUACCUGAUAUCCAGUCAUUACAGUCUCACUCCUGUGGACCAGGAGCUGAUUCCACAUGCUCAAGGACACAUUGGUAGUACUCAGCAUAGUCAGGGUUCCAUCUAUGUAUUCUAAGGUUUAGGUUUGAAUGGAAAUGUUUAAAUUUGGAAAAGCAAACAGUAGAUUUGGAAAAUUUGGAUAAUGAUAAUAGUUUCUGUGGCUUAUGUUCAGAUUUCCAUUUUGUCUGAGCUCUUUAAAGCCCUCUCAUGCAUGUUGGCUUAAAUGUGGAGGCUCACAGUUGAUUCUUGACCUUAGAAACAGCAGUACUGAAAAAAAAAAUCUCCCUUCAGGGGUCCCUUAUGUUGCUCUUUUGAAGCCUGGAAACUCUGUUUUAUAUCGUAGAUUGUGUGGUAUGAUCGAAAGUCCCAAAAACAACCUCUUGUUGAGACUGUUUUCUCAACAAAUAAAGUGUCUGUUUCUGUUCAUAGCAGUUGGAAAUUGCUUGUCCAGUUUUGGCUGAAAUGAAUGUCAGUUUCUUCCCGUGGAAUCCACUGAAACUCCAGGUAUCCCAUUUAGUAGACGUGUUGUUGUAGGCUGUAGCACAGCUAACAGUGCCUCUGUUUUUGGCUGGAUAGUUGGUUGGAAAUAUACUGAGUGAAGGAAGAGCAACACCUUCCUUCAGAAUGUCUCAACUCUUUCAGGAUUUUCAGCCAGAGCCCUUACACAGACUUUUCUUUCCUACAUGUUACAUGCACUCUCCUGGAUUUACAAGUAACAAGUGAGGUAAUUUAAAAAAAAAAAGAAAGAAAGAAAAAGCAGCCAGUCUUCUUGCUGCUUAUUUCCUUGGAAUUGGAAGUAUUACCUUCACGAUACUAAUGAGUCAUGGUUUUUAGCAUUACGCUCGAUCGUAAAUGGACGAGCAGCAGCUGUGAGGUCUCUGGUGGUGUCAGGUCUUCUGUGAACUGUCCUCCUCUGAGUGCUGUAUGUGAUGUGACUGAGCCUGAAGUAGAGCAGAUCUUAAUGAACUGACAGCAGCUCAGAUGUUUGAACCUUGAAAUUUUCAUGUUGUGAAACUAGGGGCUGGGAACCCUAAAUGUUCUUACUCAUUCCAGUUAUAUUGGUGGAUCGGGGAUUAGGGGGACAUUGGUCUUAGUGGUGGGGGUUGGACUUUGUGAAGCAGGGUUGGGAAAGACUUUUGCUCCCGUCUUUCUCUUAUUUAUUGAUGUCUUUGCAGAUAUUCUCAUCUGCGACGGCGGCUCUUUGAGGUGGAUUCAGUGUUCAGAGACAUCACUCUCUGGAACGCCGCAGGCUCUCUCCAACAUGAAUGUUCUUUUAGGCACGGUACUGUCUGUUCCUUCAAAUGACUUUUACUCCGGUACCGUUUACUGCAGGGGCAUUUGUAAUGGCUGUUCUUGUAAAGGUGCUACAUGUAAGUUUUUGCUAUCACUCCAUAGCCAAUGUUAGGAUUAGCAGCUGUUUACUUCCUAGUCUAGAAGAAGCUUUGAGAGCUCAGCAUCAAGCUUCAUCCCUUUACUCCCCGAGAGCUGUCUCAUAGUGGUGGAAAGCAACACCAGUGUUAACUCUUGUUUCGCUUCUGUUUCUAUUGCUUCUUUUCUUGUAUUGAAGUUAGCAUGCUAACCAGCUAGCCCUGGCCCACCCUGCCUGCUACUACCACCUUGCAAUAGUGAGUUACUGUGGCAUCCAGUCUGCCCUCAGGCCAACGUCAGAGGGUGAAGUAGUGCUGCCCAGAGGGUGCAGUCUAACCUCUUGUCUAUCUCUUGGCUAGCAUUUAUCCCCAGCACCACCUGCUCCUGGAAGGAGACCACAUUCAGCAGCAGAGAAAACUUACAUAUAGCACCUUUCAACAUCUUGAGCACAAACUAGUUAUCAAACUUUUUUUUAGCAACAUUUUGUUCAUAGGGUUUCACUACGAUAGCAUUUGUUAAUGGCAACACUUCGUAAAUACUGUAAAAGUACCUUGUUCUUUUGGUGAGUGGUGAGUUAAACUUGAGCCUGUCCUGUGAUAUUUAAGUGUAGCUUAUGAGUAUUUGAACGGCCUCAGGCUGCUGAAUGGAACAAACCCAUCCUUUCUAUACGAGCUGCUUCAUAUAACCUUUGGGCAAUAGCAAGGACAGAAUGUCCUUUUUUUUUUAAAAAAAAAUCCACGUCGCAGGAUCAGGAAUGCUUUACAAUAAUGUCAGACCAGGUUUCCUCUGAAUCAAUGACAAAAGUGCAUCGCCAUUCAGAGGGACUUCCUGUAGCGGAGGACUCUUUAUUUGCCUGUUCAGAAAGGAUAUGGAAUCAUUGUGGCUCAGUUUGUUGUUAGAGUGGACUGUGAAAGACUGUCAAAGAGGACUGUGUUCAUCUGGUAUCUAAAGGAGGAAGGGACCAAGUGCCACAGUUACUGGAAAUCCCUGUUAAAAUGGACCUGAAAGGCUUCAUGACACAUACAAGAUACUGUGCUGCCUCUGGAGACUCGCAGGGACACAGGAGAGGGAAAACCAGUCUUAACACAACUGUUUGUCUCAGAAGAGAAGAAGAUGAGAGAGCUGUAUCAGAGUAGUUUUUUUUUUUUGUCUUUUCAUAUCUGUAGGUGAAUUACAAUACUUGUGUUUAUAGUUUCUGAGGUGUCAGGGUUGUUCAGUUUGCAAUAAAUGGUAUAUUCUGCUGUGUACAGUUACAUUUUUUAAUUACAAAAAUUGUAUUUGUUUCUAUUUUUUGUGUGAUGGUUUCAAAAAAGAACAAAAUUAUUUUGAUUUUAAGUGUAAAGGAAAUCUUAGUAUUUUUUUAGUUGUUUGUCUUAAAAUAUUGAUGCAGGAUUUAUUCUUUAAAUAAAUAAAUUCUUCUGUGUUA